UCAGAUUCAAACCGACAAGCUGUCUUUGGUAAUUACACUGGUAAUGGACGAUUUGGAAGUUAUCACUGUGCAGGUUCGAGCAGAAACUAAUGCAGGCUUGGGACCAUAUGAAGAAAAGAUGGUUACUGUAUAUCCUGGAGCCCCUGAAGUACCCGCUGAAACUUCCGACAAUCCACUAACAAGAAAGUCGGAUAUAAGAGUAGAUGACUCUAAAGAAAUGUUAGCUGUUGAACUUCCGAAAUCGUUUUUAUGUAACAAUACAAAUGGCAAAGCAGUACAAUGGGGAGUGAUUGUUGCAGAGGAAAGUAAAGCAACAGAUCCGUCAUUUAUUGGAAGUAUUGGGGAGUAUUGGAAAAGGAAAGACACGUUGUACAAGAAAUGGUCCGAUAUCAAAGAUGAGGAUGUAAUACCACCAUAUGUUACCACUGGUCCGACAUGGAAACCAAUCUGUGGUCUAGAAACGCACCGGCUCCGACGGGCAGAAGUAGAGAAAGGCAAGACGCUGACCUAUAUAGUCGGUAACGAAGAUUGUUCAAACAGCAACGGGUACUGCAACGGACCUCUGAAGCCGGGUCGCUCGUACAGGGUGAAGUCGUAUGCCUGUACCACGACUGGAUGCACAGAGACACUGUAUUCAUUUCCUAUGCAAACAGCACCAGACCGCACAGGCGCAAUAGUCGGAGGAUUCCUUGCAGCUUUGUUUGCAAUUGCUAUAUUAGCUGUCGUCAUAUAUGCCAGGCGCAAGCAAAAACUAUGUUUCAAACGCAGGGCUUUUAAACCCAACAAAAUGGCAGAGGACAUGGAGUUCGAUGCUAUUGGAAAUCCAACAUCCGAAUACGUGUUUGGACCUGGGCUUGUGAAGCUGUCAGAUUUCCUAUUACAUGUAGAGAAAAUGCAUAGAGACAUCAACCUUCUAUUUAAUAAGGCUUACAAGAUGUUGGUCGAGAGAAGUCCCUGCUAUCCCGCUUCCGUAGCCGAAUCAGAUGGCUGCAUGCCCAAGAACCGAUAUAUAAAUAUACUGCCAUAUGACCGUUCACGUGUAAAACUGAAACCUCUAGACGAAAAAGAAGGCUCGGACUAUAUCAAUGCAAACUACAUUCCGGGGUACACACUCCGUAGAGAAUACAUAGCUACUCAAGGACCUUUGUCGGUUACGAUCGACGACUUUUGGCGCAUGAUAUGGGAAGAGAAUGUGGACACAAUUGUAAUGUUGACUCAACUUAUGGAGCAGGAUAGGGUGAAGUGUGACAUGUAUUGGCCAGCGUCGAAGACACCAGUCGCUUAUGGAACACUGUUGGUAUCCGUCCACUCAGAGGAAAAACUCGAACAGUACAUGUUGCGGAUUUUCGAAGUCAAGCAUAACGAAGAGCGUCGGCUUGUUAACCACUUCCAAUACCUGGAGUGGCCUGAUAUGGGAUGCCCGGAAGAUCCACAAAUGCUGCUAGACUUUGUUGCGGACGUCAGAGAGUGCACUAACAAGCCGGGAGGCAAAAGCCCCAUCGUUGUGCACUGCAGUGCUGGUGUUGGAAGAACCGGGACAUUUAUCGCGGUGGACCAUCUUCUGCAGCAUAUUCGUGAUCAUGACGAGAUAGAUAUCUUCCAAGUGGUGCUAGAAAUGCGCGAACAUAGAUGUCAAAUGGUUCAAACAGAAGACCAGUUCGUCUACAUUCACGAUGUCUUGAAAGAAUUCAUUAUCAAUGAUGAUGAGGAUGACGAGGAAGUGGAUGAUGAACAUUGUUAUCAGAAUGAAAACUUUGCCACGGGCGAAAGCGACGAGGAAGGCGGCCAGGAGGACUAAACUAUGCAUUUUUCACUUACUUAAUGCAAAGACUGUUAGAUUGUUCCAAAUUUAGUGAGAUCAAUAUUUCCAGUUUGUAGCUGGCGUUUGUGUUGGUUUGAAAUGAUAUUUAUCCAGUGUAUAAAGAAUGCUUUUUCGGAUGGUUUCAGAAAAGCAAAUAGAAUUCCAUGUCAAACAUAUAUUUGCGUUUAAAUUGGCAUGUUUUGGAUAUUGCUUACGAAUUCCAAUUUGCAAACUGCAUAGCUUUUGUUAGAUUUUCACGAACUUAAGUAUGCUAUUUCAUAUGAUUGCCUUUGCGCGGUAUAUAUUUGAAAAAUUGUGGAUUUAAUAUUAAUCUAAGUUUAAGACAUGGUAACCGCAUCUGGACUCUUUCCGAGAAAUCUCGUUUUUCGCGCUAGAUAUCAAGCAUCGUGUGACAGUUAAAGGCAGUUUUGUAAAUUUGAAUUGCAACCUUACUUAAAAAUGUCAGUAUAAAUAAGUUUAGAUUUGAUCUUUGUAGAUUAAGGGUUUCAUCCCAUUAACUAAAAGUCGAAUCAGGCAGAUGGCAUAAACCUGAAGCCAUACCUUUUCAAGAUAGAACAUAUCAACAUUGCAAUGUUCUUGAGAAUAAAUAUCAUUUUUAUUACAAUUUUCUUUAUAUGAUGAUAUUUGGAAAUUGUAUAUGAAUAAAUAUUACCGGAACAGACCAAACAUGAUAACAUUUAUAGAAUUAAUGCAAUCGGAUAAUACAAGUACCAACAGAAGCUUAGCUAUGUAUGUACAUAAAGCAUUUAGUCGAAGUAACCUGUAUAAAUAUUAGUAUGCUUAAUUGUAUAGAUAAUUUAUUACUCAAACUUGACCUCUCGCUCUCUUGUAGAUUCGUCUUUGUUGUUCUGAUGUUAUCAUUAUAGCAUGAAUUGUUAUAUAGUUUCUAAAUGUUGUUAUAAAAAAAAUUCUUGUCCUAGACCUUUCCGUGUAUUGACAAUUGAUUUAACAACUUAUGAAAUUCAAUACUGAUCAUAUAUCAUGCCUAUAUAUAUAUUACUAUGUUUUGAUCAUGUAUCCUCGUGGAGUGUAUGUAUAUUGUAUAUAUUGAAUAAACCUACAUCUAUUU